AUGUGCGACAUUCCCUUCCUCCCCAUCUUCCCCAUCUGCUUUCAAUGCGGAACGGAUCAGAAUCCGUGUCGCUGUAAGGUGGUUGGUCCGACCCUAGGGUUUGUGUGUACGGUCGUGGCAGCUGUCAUCUGCUAUCCUGCAUCCAUCUUCUGCGGUUGCUGUCUCACCCAGACUGGAAAAGAUGUCCUCGGCUACCCCGUCAAAGUAAACGGCAUCGUCAGCAACGCAAUACCCAUUUAG